CCGGGGCCGCCAUGGCGGCGGGGGACGUGGAGUCCUCGCUGGAGCUGAGCCUGACGGGCUCCGGCGCGCUGCCCGGCGCGCUGCCCCCCGCCCGCUCCCGCAUCUUCAAGAUCAUCGUCAUCGGCGACUCCAACGUGGGCAAGACGUGCCUCACCUACCGCUUCUGCGCCGGCCGCUUCCCGCAGCGCACCGAGGCCACCAUCGGCGUGGACUUUCGCGAGCGGGCCGUCACCAUCGACGGCGAGCGCAUCAAGAUCCAGCUAUGGGAUACUGCCGGCCAGGAGCGCUUCAGGAAGAGCAUGGUGCAGCACUACUACAGGAACGUGCACGCCGUGGUGUUCGUGUACGACAUGACAAACAUUGCCAGCUUCCACAGCCUGCCGUCCUGGAUAGAGGAGUGCAAGCAGCACCUUCUCGCCAACGACAUCCCACGGAUUCUGGUUGGAAAUAAGUGUGACCUGAGGAGCGCUAUUCAGGUGCCCACGGACCUGGCCCAGAAGUUCGCUGACACUCACAGCAUGCCCUUGUUUGAAACCUCUGCCAAGAACCCCAAUGACAAUGACCACGUGGAGGCCAUAUUCAUGACGCUGGCUCACAAGCUUAAAAGUCACAAGCCCUUAAUGCUUAGUCAACCCCCAGAUCACGAUGAAAUACACAUAAAACCUGAACCAAAACCCAGCGCAUCCUGCUGGUGUUAGGAUUGUCACCGAUCACGUUGUCGCCGACUGUCACCUUGUCUUGUUUGCAAGUGCUUCGAAAUUAUGGUCUUGGCAAAGUUCCAGGUUUUGGUAGCAAUUAUAGCAAAUCUCUUUGGCACUUUAAUGUGGGGGUUUUUUUAAUAUAAUUUUUUCCCGGUGUAGAUGUGCCCAUCUUAUGCUCUUGCACUUUGUAACUGUACUUUCUGAAUUACUAAAGUUUCACUAUAAAUAUGUGGGAACAUACUCACUUCGUCAAGUUUUGACAAAGCAGUUCUAGUUGAGCUCUUGCUGCCUGGGGUUGUUCUCAUCACUUACAAGAUUAUGAAAGUUUAUACUUUUGGUUGCUGCUUGCAUUGGAAUAAUGUAGGAGGAAGAGCCUUUUGUGACAACCAGGGAACUUGGCUUUUGGGUCAGCAAGUGGGGAGAUUUUUGGCAUAUGAAGGAAUAUUAGGUGACCUCUAGCAAAUUAGAAAGCAGGUACCUUUUUAUUUAAAAAGCAAAAACCCCACAGGUCUGUCCAAGUUUGGGCUGCCAGUGUGGGUGCAAAUUGCUAGGUUUUGGCCUUUCAUUCCACUAUGAACUUGGUCUGUUUCUUCAUGGCAGUGGUAACAAAAUUGAGUAACUUCUCCCUACCUCUAGACAGUUACUUGUUGCUUAAAACUUCAUUAGUUUUUCAUAAUUAGCAUGUGAUACCAAACUAUGUUAUGUUAACCCAUGUGGAAAGUACUGUAGCACAAAAUUGGGACUCUAGUUGUCCAUAAGUUUUUUUUUUUUUAACCUUAUUAUUAAAUUAAGUUAUUAAAUGAUGGAAUACAGAAAAAUUUUAUAUAAUUAUUAAAAUAAUUAUAUAAAAUUAAAUUAUAUAUUUCUGAAGGUGCUUUAUUUGAGUGUCUCAGGGUAAGUAAAAACAGUUAAGUAAAAGAUUGGAUGAAUUUGGCAAAAGCAUACUGGUUUUCAAAGGUCGGGGUUUGCAGGGCUUUAAGAAAUCAUGGGUGUUUCUCAGAGGUCUUGAAAAGCCACCUUGAUAACAUAUUUCAGGAAAGGGAAUGCUUAGGAAUAUGAUACAUUCUUAAAAUAUUUCCAAACACUGACUAAAUUGGGUCUGAAGUAUGGAGUAAACCCACCAAGUACAUCAUCCCAUUUUUGAGCGAAAGGCUGCAUGUAUAAUGUGACUGUAUGUGGGGCAUCCUUGGCAUUACUAACGUGAGCUAGCAGGGGUUAGAUGAGGGAAGUUCUUCCUCAUGAACCACCUUUUUCUGUCUUCUCAUAGUGGCAACUGCUUCUUUUCAGUUUUACCUGUAGAUGAAGUUUCAUAGCAAGGUCAAGUUUCAUAACAAAAAUGGUGCUAAGUUGCACGUAGCUGCAUAAAGCGAAACGUGAGCCACGGAAGGCAGUCUGUGCCUUCACGCACGUGCCACGUCAAACUGUGCUUUGUGACUUUUGUUGUUGAAGCGUAGAUGCAGAUUUUUUUAUUGGCAAUGUGCAGCCUGUGUUGCUUACUAGAAACUAAAUGGAAGGGCUAGUUCAGAAGCUGCCGCCCUAACGCUCACAUUAGAAACAAAUGACUGGAACAAGAUCACUGUUAUGAUGUAAACUCAUCUUAACAAUUCUUAAUUCUUAAUUUCACUGCAACUUAUACAGAAAAAAAAUGCGUUGACUUUUUUCUAGGUUUUGAAAGAGCAUUUAAUUUGGUCUAACACGAUUAAGGUGUUUAAAAAGAAUCUAAAGAAAAGGUAGUACUUUUUUCCUGUAUAAAGCUGCUUCAAUUGUGACAGUGUUUUUGCUUAGGAAACAUUUGUAAAAGGGAGCUUUUGUAUUCACUCUGAACCUUACGUGACUAGAAUUUACAGUUGUUUCAGAAACAAUCACCUUUUUAACACUAGUGUCCUUAAUGAUUUCUUUAAGAAAAGGAUCGAUCUUUAAUUGUUAUUUAUACUAUGGUAAGUGAAUAUGGUUUACAGUCCUGUUGGACAGAUUGUUUUUCACUCAUGUCCUUAAUCCUUUUCCUGAGAAGGAUCCUUCUUAAUUAUUUGUAUACUAAAUAUGUCAUCGAGUGUUUUGGUUUUUUUAAUUAAAAAAUAUCCCAGAGUUAAGAAUUUUAAAGUCAGUCAGUCAGGUUGUGGGUUGGGGUAAGAAAAUAAUGUAGCUGCAGUGUUACUGUUAAAUUUGACCUGAAACAGCUGUGCAUCUGUUAAGUUUUAUUUGAGUUCUCACAACUUGUAAAUAAGGGCCCUCACGUCAUGGAAGCUGUGUGGAAAUGGUGUUCAAGUGUGUAAUUCCAUGUUCAGCACAAAGCAUGUUGUAGUGGUUCUGCCACGAAGGCAGUGUGGUCAGUAAUGCAGGAUUCGGUGUCGCUCCCUGCUUUCGGUGGUGGUGUUCUGCCCACGGAGUGGAUGUCGGAGUACUGAGUACUUUGCGUGUGUAUUUCCACUUGACCAGACUGUAAAGUUGGCUUCUUUUGUACGUGCUGGGGGCAGGCAAGGCACAGUCCCAGAAACCUAAUAAACUGGCUUUGCCACAAA